AUGGUGUCGUUGAGCCACACGCGCGAGGAGAAGGCUGCGGAGGACGUACGUGUCGUUUCUUUCAAAGGCCGCGAGGUGUAUACGGUGGCGGUGAUAGUUAAUGCCCGCCAUGCAGAUCCUUCUGCUUUUGGGCUGCCCCACCCAUCGAUGAUCGGCCACGCACAUCGACUGCUCACGCCGUUCAUCGCGCGUCAAAAAAUCGUGUCGGACCGUCCGACUGCCAGGGAAGAACGCCGCACAGCAUGCACGGUCACGCUUGCAGGACGGCGAAAUACCCAGAAAGAACGUGUAGUGGCGGCAACGCCAAAUGCGAGGACGGGACGCAAGUAG